AGAUUAUAUGCAGGAAUUAAUACUAAUAUGGCACUGGAAACUCUCAAUAACAUCCUCAAAACUAACCUACUGAAAAGGAAAGCAAAUAUACCAGUUGAUCGACUUCUGGACGAAAUGGAAAAUUUAGUGGAUGGCAAAAUGUGGCAAAGAAUAUUAAAGAUAGAAAGACCCCAUUCCAAUAACUACCAAGACAGACUCGUUGCUAAGGCUCACAAAGCUGCAGAAAAAUUACUUUCAAAGAAUGAAACAGAGGUAAUAGAUGUUGGAUUCGGAGAAUUUUUGGUAAAAUCUUCAGCAGGUAUAAUUUUUUAUAAGGUACAAUAUAACGAAUUGUGUGAGGUGGAAUGCCGAACAUCAUUCUGUAGGAUAUGCAAGAUUUGUUUGCAUCGUUAUAGAUGUGAAUGUCCUGAUUUUGCCAUAAAAACUAAUAUGUGUAAACACAUACACUUGGUAUGUUUGCAUGAGCAAAGGUCGGGAAGCGAUUCUGGUUUAGGUGAUGUUGCCGUGCAGCUUUCUUUGGAAAAACCUUCAGAAAUUAAAAUGGCCAAUAGUGAAGAAAUCCAUGUCUUCAUAAAGAGAAAGAGAUGUGAAAAUGAUGAUACAGACGUGUUGGAUAGAAAAGCAACAAGGGAGGCCAAACAUGAAACAGUUAACAACUAUCUGAGAUCUCUGGAUGAUGAGGAAUUUGAUAGAUGAGUGAAUUAUGUGAGUUGAUCCGGCUGUUUUGAAUAUUGUAUCCAAAACCAACAAUCCUCGUUGCGUCAACUGAUGGUUCCCUGAGGAUCA